GCACACCAUUCCCACUUCACACUUCGUGAAGUGAGCACCAACGUUCAUUUGUUUUUAAUAAAAACAAUGGCCAACGUAGUGAACAGUUUGAAGCUGCUGUUCGACCGGCCCAAUGAGCCGCUCAUCACGCCGAAGGGGGAAAAUAAUGCUGUGUUCCAGCUUACGGAGCAGGUUCUGCCCGAUGAAUACUCCGCCAACGGCAUCGAGCUAAAUAACCGCUUCGGCGAGGAUGCCUCCGAAAAGAUUCCCGUCAAGCAACUCAGCCAGGUCCCGCAAUUCAACAAAGCGAGGCAGCUGCCCGUGGACUCGGACUUCUCGCUCUUCAUCCCCUUACACCAGGAGUACGCCACUGAAGUCAUCGACGCGCUGAUGCGUGUUCCUGAGAACCAACUGCAGGAUUUCCUGUCUACCUGCAUCUUUGCGCGCGGCAACUUGAACCCCCAGCUGUUCAACUACUGCUUCUCUGUAGCACUCAUGCACAGGCGUGACACUAGAAAUGUCCCCAUCCAGAACUUUGCAGAAACCUUCCCCUCUAAGUUCUUGGACUCCAAAGUGUUCUCUCAAGCGCGUGAAGUUGCGAGAGUCACUCCAGGAACCGGAGCUGCCCGUAAUCCCAUUAUCAUUCCACGAGACUACACCGCUACUGACUUGGAAGAAGAACACCGUCUGGCCUAUUUCCGUGAAGAUAUUGGCGUGAACCUUCAUCACUGGCAUUGGCACUUGGUGUACCCGUUCACUGCCAGCGACAGAGCCAUCGUCGCUAAGGACCGUCGUGGCGAGCUGUUCUUCUACAUGCACCAGCAAAUAAUCGCGCGUUACAAUGGAGAACGGUUAAACAAUGCGCUGAAGCGAGUGAAGAAAUUCAACAACUGGCGUGAGCCUAUCCCUGAGGCGUAUUACCCUAAGCUUGACAGCUUGACUUCAUCGCGCGGAUGGCCCCCACGGCAGUCAGGCAUGCGCUGGCAAAGCGUGAACCGUCCGGCUGACGGCAUCAACGUCACCCUCGAGACGAUGGAAAAGCAGAGGAGGGCUCUUGAAGAAGCUAUUGCCUCUGGACGUGUUCAAUUAGCCAACGGCGGCACCAUGCCACUGGACAUCGAUACGCUGGGCAACAUGGUGGAGGCGAGCAUCCUGUCGCCCAACCCGCAGCUGUACGGCUCCGUGCACAACAACGGCCAUAUCUUCUCUGCCUACGUGCAUGACCCUGAACACCGUUAUCUGGAAUCGUUCAGCACAAUCGCUGAUGAGGCAACGACGAUGCGCGACCCGUUCUUCUACCGCUGGCACGCGUGGAUCGACGAUCUGUUCCAAUCUCACAAGGAGUCCUCGUUCGUGGCGCGUUAUACUCGUUCUGAGCUUGAGAACCCCGGCGUGACAGUGACUUCAGCCAUGAUCCAGAGCCAAGGUGGGCAGCCAAACACGCUGAACACGUUUUGGAUGCAAAGUGACGUGGACCUCUCGCGCGGCCUCGACUUCUCCAACCGCGCGCCCGUGUUCGCGCGCUUCACGCAUCUCAACCACCGCCCGUUCCAAUAUGUCAUCAAUGUGAACAACACGGGCUCGGCGCGGCGCACCACGGUGCGCAUCUUCCUGACGCCCAAGUUCGACGAACGCAACCUGCCCUGGAACCUCAACGACCAGCGCAAGAUGUUCAUCGAGAUGGACCGCUUCGUCGUGCCUUUGAACGCUGGCCAGAACACCAUCACCCGCCAAUCCACCCAGUCCUCCGUGACCAUUCCGUUCGAGCAGACCUUCCGUGACCUGAGCAUCCAGGGCGAUGACCCGCGGCGCAACGACCUGGCCACCUUCAACUACUGCGGCUGCGGCUGGCCGCAGCACAUGCUGGUGCCCAAGGGGACUGAGGGCGGCGCGCAGUACCAGCUCUUCGUCAUGUGCUCCAACUAUGAUCUGGACAGGGUGGACCAACCCGACGGCACCGAGCUGUCCUGCGACCAGGCCUCCAGCUUCUGCGGCCUGAAGGACCGGCUGUUCCCCGACAAGCGCGCCAUGGGCUUCCCCUUCGACCGGCCCUCGGCCUCCGCCAGCAGCAUCACCGACUUUAUACUCGACAACAUGGCGCUCACUGAUGUCACCAUUCGGCUGCAGAACGUUACAGAGAUGAACCCGAGGAACCCAAAAAAUUAAACUGCCGAGGUGUAAAGGAUCGACCACAUGCGAAUUUAACGCAGUGUAUAACUACGCAGUGACGUUCUUAAUUAAUUUUGCUUGGUAAACAUCUUGUGAGCAGGUCUAUAACCGCGAAAAUCGAAGUUCGUCAAUUGCGGGCAUUUUUCUCUGUCACUCUAAUUACGUCUAAGUGAGAGUGAAAGAUCCCAGCAAUUGCCACUCACGUUAAAUAUUUGUAUGCCUCAUAAUAUGGCCAAAAGUGGAGCACUUAAUUAUCUGUAUGUAACACUACCUGCUUUUCGACAAAUAAAUGCAUUUAAUUGAAUUGCGAAUUUCCGCUUUCGCGGUAGGAUCCCAACAGUUCGGCCGAUCUUUAAAGUACAGUUAAAAUAUAUUUGAAGAAAAUGGCAAGUGAAAUGGUUACCGAUGCUAGUGUACAUACACUAAAUAUAGUUAAGAGCAUAAUAUUAAAAAACAAGAGGCUGGUAGACUAGUAUUGUUAUUGUUGUAACUAAUUUUAAGUAUUACAUAAAUAAUAGUAAGUAAACCCGUUUGUAGCGUAAGAACAAGUAUAAUAAAGCAAAGCAAAAAUUA